AUGAAUGCCCUCAAGUGCCUCUACAUGGAUGCAUAUCUUUACUUCUACAAACGAGCGUUGAGGAAGAGCACUGGUCGGAAAAGAGAUGAACUAAUCCUAUUAGGGCUCCUAAUCACCACAUCCGAUCCUGAAGCGACAGAGCCCGCUCUAGGUGUCCAUCCCUGGUUUGCCUCAAAUCCUGAGUCGUACACCCCUAACACAUUCUUGUCGAACUUUCGACUGAAGAUCCAACCAUGCUGGGCUUAUGACGCCUGGCACAGUAUGAACCCUCAACCACUCUGGAAAGAUUACGACUCAGAACCCUACGAUUUGGACCCAAAAAUUUAUUCAGAGCUGGCGAAAUUAGAGAAGAAAAAGGCAAUCUCAGCGCGACCCACAGAAGCUCGAACUGUUGCUGGCAAGUAUGAGCUUCGUCUUGGCACCAGAAAAGAAAAGGACAUGUACCACCCUUUUGCGAUGGAGACACGGCGAUUGAUUGCUUGUUCCGAUCAUACCAUCACGUUCACCAACCCGGAGGGGCAGCGAAGAGAUCUGCUCGCUGUCGUCGUGGCGAAUGAGAAAAGGGGUGAUGCCGAGAAUCCUUUGUUGGCGUAUAUGGCCCUCUACCUCUACGCCCGGCACGGGUCAUCCACCCACAGCGACACCGCCUACUGCGCAGACUGCAUGCACUACGCCAUGAGCGUAGACGCCAAGAUCCGCCACGCAGAGCAGGGCGGCGCGGAGAACGUCCGCGGCAACGGACAGUUCUUCCGGUAUGCGCUGGACGUCAGUUGUCGGGGCGGGUUGUUUGCGGACAAGCGGUGUUUGGACUAUCGGAGGGGGUUCCUGGGGGAUGCGAAGAGGUAUAUGGAUGCGGUGGGGGAGCCGUAUGAGGCUUGUAGGGGGAUUGGGGCUUGUAGAUAG